GUCAGUAACCAGCUGUUGGGUUAAGAAUUGGGAUUGUUCCUUGGACUUCCUCUCCUGUGAAAUGAUACACCGUUGAUGGUGACGCUCUCUGGGCGAAAUCGAGAAACUUGGACCAAAGUUGAUAUUCUCUCCACCAGUUCGUGUUCCUCAAGUGUACGUCAAAUGAACGGAUGUUUUCCCAAGAUUCUGUACCGCAUUGCGGUACCGAGCGAGUGUGAUCGUAUCCGGGAAGCGCUGCUGUCCUUCUACUUCCCGGAGGAACUUCUUACGCGAUCCUACCUGGACGAGACGCAAACCACCAUCGGACCGGCCGAGGAACACAUCCAGUUUGCGUUGUCUUUCGUGCAUCAGGGAAUGGUCGCGUUGGCGAUCGAGGAAGAUCACGGUACGAUCGUUGGCGUUACGAUUGCGCGCUGCGUAAAACCAACCACUGCGGACGAGUUGCUGGCGUUGGUGCCUGCCACAGGAACGAACGGCCGGUGGACCGAAAUGGUGCGCCUGUUUGCUCACCUCGAACAGAUGGGAGAUGUUUGUGGGAGGUUCCGAUCGCGCCGUUCGUACCAUGUGUUUGUGUUGGCAGUUGAGCCCCACUUUCGACGGCGGGCGAUCGGUCAGAAGCUGAUGGAGUUUCAGUUGGCACGUGGGAAAUCGUUGCGGUUUCGGGUGGUGAGUGCCGAUUUUACGUGUGAAGUAGCGGCACGGAUCGGGGAGCGGAUGGACAUGCGGUGUGUGAGUGCGAUCUCGUUGAACCAAUAUCGGAACCAGGCCGGCGAGCAGAGGUUUGUGGCGUCGGGUCAGAAUCAUAUCGUAAGCACGUAUGCGCGUUAUGUUUGAGGAGUGAACAUCUGAUUUUUAUACCAGUUCCUGUGAAUAAUUUUUUAUUUAUGUGUUUGCUGGAAUCGUCAUGAAGAAUAAUAAAAAGGAAAUAAAAAAUUGCUGACAUAAAACCGAUUUCAAAUUAGUAAAAUUUACUGAGUUAGGAAAAAAGUGGAAGCAAACGAUUGACAAAAAACAUAUAAAUCAUUCACCGGAAUGCUUGUACCGCCCUAAUUGAAAUGUUUUUCUUGCACUCCAUGUUUCUGGGGAGCUGUUUACUGUAACCCGUUUGCCAUUAUUCAUUAUGUCGCUUGCGAACCGAGAGACGAGCUGGGGCUUAAGAAUUGAUAAUUCUAGGGGCGAACAAAAAACAGAAAACGAAAACUGUCCACGGCCCUACUUACUGACCAAUAUCAGGCCCGAAGGGCAAAACUUUGAGUGAGUACCUCGGCAGAAUGGUUUGCGAUUGUAAUUAAUGAAUUUGUUUUCGUUUGCGGCACUUUUCCGUGCCAGCAUGUUCUCGGGCAAGAAGGAAA